CCGAUCAGUCAGUCACGUUGUCAAGCUGAGAGCGUCGAGAUGAAAUCGCUCGUGGUGUCCUCUUUGAUCGGAUUGGUCCUGCUAAUGGCCGCUGGCCAAGUUCGCGCCGAGUGCGACGAGGCCAAGAGUCCCGAGGACAGCGACUUCAAGCACUUCUUCAAGAACCUCGGCUGCAAGGUCAACCAGGGGGCCAAGGAGGUGGCCGAGGCCGCCAAGCCCUACACCGACAAGAUCGGCGAGGGCGCCAAGGAGUUUGGCAGCUCGGUGGCCCAGAAGUACGACGAACUGAAGCACAAGCUGACCGAUGAGCCCUCGACCACGCCCAAAGUCCCAGUGGCCUAUGACGCCCCCACCGAGAAGGUCCUUUUGGCCCCCAUCGGAGGACCCAGCACCCCGAUCCCAUGAGGUCAUCCCACCGAUUCGAUCCGAACCUAAAGCCCAGUCCAUUAACAAACCCAUUAAUCUUAUGAUUACGGGGAUUUUGCAAUCGCUUGAAGGUCCCCUUCGUCUCGUUGCAUAAGCUUUCUUUGUUUUUUUUCUUUGUGAUCUAUAUUAAUAAAAACUAAAGUGAUGUUGGAAUCGUGA